AGACGCCCCGUGGCCGGGGGGGGGGGGGGCAACUCGGAAAUUCCGACGGGCGAGCUGAGAGUUUGAACGCCGCAUCAGCUGUCGCUGUGCAGUUGAGGCGUUUUUUUUCUCUCCCUUUUCUUCCCCUCACUGUGCAAUCGACCGCUAGACAUGGAUGUGUUCCUAAUGAUCCGGCGUCACAAGACGACCAUCUUCACCGACGCCAAAGAGUCCACCUCGGUAUACGAGCUGAAGCGUAUUGUGGAAGGCAUCCUCAAGCGGCCACCAGAGGACCAAAGGCUCUACAAGGAUGACACGGAGCUGGACGACACUCAGACGCUCGGAAACUGUGGCUUCACCAACCAGACGGCGCGGCCUCAGUCCCCCGGCACAGUGGGCUUAGCUUUCCGGCUCGGCGAUGAUUCAUUUGAGCAGCUGAGGAUGGAGCCCUUCUCCACCCCCCCUGAGCUCCCGGACGUCAUGAAGCCGCAGGACUCUGGCAGCACAGCCAAUGAGCAAACCGUUCAGUGAGGGAGGGGGGCACGCAGGAAAUCCACAGGCGGGGGUGAGGGGGGGGGGGGGGGGAUUUGGGGAAGUGGACGGACGACAAGAUCUUCAACUGGACAGAAGCAAAAAGAUUGGCUUGUUGUAUGAGCGAGCGAGCGAGCGGUGCGUUUGUGUGCAUGCUAGAAAACGUUGUCACAGCCCCGACUGGUCGCAACACUGCUCAACUCCAAGCAAGCAAGCAAGCACCGUACCUCCUAUUUAAUGAUUCUUUCUGUCUGUCUGUCUGUCUGUCUGUCGGAGCUGUCGUUAAGCUGCCUUACUUCACUGUGAGCGUGUGCUUUGUUUAUUUCUCGGCUUACUUUAGUGGCUUCAAUGACAGCGUCGAGCAGGAGAGACCUUUUUACGCUUUUAUGUUUGUAGCCCAUUUAAUCAGCAGGCUGGAGAUAUUUAGACUAAAGAAAUGUACGCUUGUUGCCCCCACCCCCACCCCGUUUGAGCCCCAUUGUUUACCCCACAAUCUUAACAGAUCAAAUUUAGUUUUUGUUGUGUUUUUUUGCUUGUAUACUAUUUAUACAUUCAUGCUGAUUUUUUUUCCUCGUGUUAAAACAAAGAAAUAAACACUUGAAAAGUAAA